CAGAGAAACUUCUUUUCAUCUAUCAAAUGUCUCGUUCUGGAGCUAUAAUAAUUGGAUUAUUUUUCAUUGCAUCAAUUUUCGAUGUUUUCAGAGCAGAAAAAGAACCGCCUGCAGAAGAUUCAAGACUUGAAGAUUAUCUGUCUUCCGAGCUCGAAACCACUGCAAUUCCUACUGUUGUUAAUGAAAAUUCCCAUUCGCAAGACGUAGUUGAUUCUGGUUUCUCCAAAGAUUUGCCAAAACUAACGAUUCUCUAUUGUGUUUCGUGCGGUUACAAACAAGCAUUCAAUCAAUUUUAUGAAUUUGCUAAAGAAAAGUAUCCAGGCUUGGUAAUCGAAGGCGGAAAUUUUUCUCCAGAUUUUUGGAAAGGAUGCCUUGCUCAGAUUGUUGGUGUGGCAAAAAUAGGACUAAUUGCUAUUGUUAUAACUGGAUCAAAUCCUUUUGAAUAUAUUGGCUUUGGAUAUCCACAAAUCCUACAAACAGCUCAUUACAACAGGUUUUCAUAUUCUUUGCUGGUAUUCAUGAUUGGAAAUUUAUUUGAAUCAACACUCUCUUCAACUGGAGCUUUUGAAAUAUUCUUGGGGGAUAAACAAAUUUGGAGCAAGAUUUCAAAAGAGCGUGUACCAACUCAAGAAGAAUUUUUGAACCUUAUUGAUCUUCAAUUGAAAACUAUUCGUUGAUAUGUAUACUUUAUUUUCAUUUAUUUACAAUAAUAGUACAUUUUAAUUUAAA